AUGCUACCAAUAUCGGAAAAGAAGAUCGAUACUCUAACUGGGAAUAUGAACCAAUUAAGUUUUGAUACUACUACGGAUAGUCAGCAAUACAAUGGUCCCGGAAACGCGGUUAACACUAGAAAUAUCUUAUCUACUCCUUCAAAAUACAGAGGAAACAGAAUGCAAGGAUCACCUCGAAACCCCAAUGUGUCACUAUAUGGUAACGGGAAUGGUGAAGAUUCCAAAAUGGAUAUUGAUGGAAUUUCACUAGAUGGCGUUGAUAUAAGUAAAUCGCCUAAGAAAUUACCCAACGGAUUUUACGAGAAGGCAGCUCAUAAUAAUACCCAGAGAGUCGUUAGUGUUUGCAAAAUGUAUUUCUUAGAUUAUUAUUGUGAUAUGUUUGAUUAUGUAAUUAGUAGAAGACAACGUACUAAGAAAGUUUUGGAAUAUUUGGAACAUAAGAGGGCUCAAAAUAUGUCAGAUCAAACCUUAAAUAUGGAAUGGAACGGUUAUAUACAGCAAGAACAUGAUGUAUUGAGGAAGAGACGGUUAAAGCCAAAACAUAAAGAUUUCGAAAUGAUUACACAAGUCGGACAAGGUGGAUACGGUCAAGUUUAUUUGGCAAGGAAAAGGGAUACCAAUGAAGUUUGCGCUCUAAAGAUACUGAACAAAAAACUGUUAUUUAAAUUGAAUGAAACAAAUCAUGUGUUAACUGAGAGAGAUAUCUUAACGACAACUCGAUCGGAGUGGUUAGUUAAAUUACUGUAUGCAUUCCAAGACACACAAAGUUUAUAUUUGGCAAUGGAAUUUGUCCCAGGCGGUGAUUUCCGUACGUUAUUGAUUAAUACCAGGUAUUUGAAGAGUGCGCAUGCGAGGUUCUAUAUCAGUGAAAUGUUCUGUGCAGUAAAUGCCUUACACGAAUUAGGUUAUACACAUAGAGAUUUGAAACCAGAAAAUUUUCUAAUUGACGCUAAGGGUCAUAUUAAAUUAACAGAUUUUGGUUUAGCUGCAGGUACUAUAUCGAAUGAACGAAUUCAUAGUAUGAAGAUAAGGUUAGAAGAAGUGAAAAAUCUGGAAUUUCCAGCAUUCAAAGAGAAAUCCAUUGAAGAUAGAAGAAAAAUAUAUCAUAAAUUAAGAGAAAAUGAAGUAAAUUAUGCGAACUCAAUGGUCGGUUCACCAGAUUAUAUGGCACUAGAAGUGUUGGAAGGCAAAAAAUAUGAUUUUACAGUUGAUUAUUGGUCAUUAGGUUGUAUGCUAUUUGAAAGUUUGGUUAGUUAUACUCCCUUCAGCGGUUCUACUACUAACGAAACUUAUGAAAAUUUAAGACAAUGGAAAAGGACAUUAAGGAGACCACGUUUAGAUAACGGUAGACCAGCAUUCUCUGACAGAACAUGGGACUUCAUUACAAGGUUAAUUGCAGAUCCUUUAAAUAGGUUGAGAUCUUUUGAACAUGUUAAGAGAAUGGCAUAUUUUGCCGAUAUAGAUUUCAAUACCUUGAGACAAAUAUCGCCACCGUUUAUUCCACAAUUAGACAAUGAAGUUGAUGCAGGCUACUUUGAUGAUUUUACAAACGAAGCUGAUAUGGCCAAAUAUGCAGACGUAUUUAAAAGACAAAAUAAAUUAUCAGCAAUGGUUGACGAUUCUGCAGUUGAUUCUAAAUUGGUUGGGUUCACUUUCAGACAUAGAAACGGGAAACAAGGGUCUAGUGGUAUCCUAUUCAAUGGAAUGGAACAUUCAGAUCCAUUUGCCACUUUUUAUUAG